AUGGCGGCCUAUUGUCCAGGACUGUUGCUGUGUUUGCAGGUCUGCUAUGACCUAGCACUUGCACGCUUCUAUAUGUGGGCACAGAGCGACGAGAAGGUCAUCAUUGCUGUACUAGUGCCCACAGACGCGAGUGAUGAAGUCCUGGAGUGCCCUACACUGCGCGAUAAGCUUGAGCCCAGGCCGAGUCCGUACGUGAUCAGCAACAAUCUGGGGGGUGGAUUUGUCUCUGAUCAGGACAAGGUCGCCCUCACUUCAAUGAAGUUUGCAUCAGGAUCCUCUGCAGGUAACAUGACGUCGGUGCAAAUGCAGGUCUGUGUGCCGUUGCCAGCAUGGGCGAUCAGAGCAGGCGCAAGGGAGACGAUCUAUUUCAACCCAGUGGAGACAAAUGUCGCCAUUGUCACAUGCGGCGGACUCUGUCCAGGCCUGAAUGAUGUGGUGCAAGGCCUUGUGCGCAAGCUCGAAGAUUACGGUGUCCCAGAGGGCAAUAUUAUGGGCAUCAGGUAUGGCUACAAAGGUUUCUAUGACCGGCGGCACAAGCCUAUUGUGCUGACAAGAAGGCUGGUGGAGGGGAUCCAGCUCCAGGGCGGCACCAUACUGGGGACAUCAAGAGGUGGAGCAGACAUCCGCGAGAUUGUGAAGCGGAUAGACAUGUGGGCCAUCGACAUGGUGUUUGUGGUGGGCGGGAAUGGCGGCAAUGCAGGCGCCGCGGCCAUCCAAUCUCAGUGCGAGAAGGCCGGCGUGACCUGCUCUGUGAUCGGCAUCCCUAAAUCCAUCGACAAUGACAUCCUUCUGAUCGACAAGUGCUUUGGCUUUGACACUGCGGUGGAGGAGUCUCAGCGUGCGCUGAUGGCAGGCAAGGUGGAGGCUACUUCUGCCUACAAGGGCAUCGGUCUCGUCAAGCUCAUGGGCAGGCAGUCCGGCUUCAUUGCCAUGCAAGCAUCCAUGGCAUCAGGUGUUGUGGAUGUAUGCCUGAUCCCAGAGGUGCCCUUUGUGUUGCAUGGUCAGAACGGCCUCUGCGCGUACUUGGACAAGGUGCUCGAGAGCCGGGGCCAUGCGGUGGUUUGCCUUGCUGAGGGUGCUGGCCAGGGGGAGCUGGGGACGGAUGCCAGUGGGAAUCCCAUCCUGCAAGAUGUGGGCGUGUGGAUGAAGCAGGAGCUCAAGAACCAUCACAAGGAGGCCGACAUCAAGUACAUCGAGCCCAGCUACAUGAUCCGCUCCACUCCCACUAUCUCCAGUGAUCGCAUCUACUGCAAGGUGCUGGCCCACAAUGCAGUGCAUGCUGCGUUUGCUGGCUACACAGGGGUCACAGUGGGCCUCGUCAACACCCACUACGUGUACCUUCCCAUCCCUGUCGUCAUCCAGGCUCCUCGAAAGGUGGACCCACGCGGAAAGACCUGGAACAGGUUACGGGCCUCCAUCGGCCAGCCCAACUUUGUGGAGGAGGGGCAAAGCCAGGACAUUUAAAAUGCUCCCCUUUCCUGGGCAUCGUGACUGUCAUUUGGCUUAGCUAUGCAAGUGCAGCAAAAGUGUCACAGGUGCAAACAGAAUUGAACGGAAAAAUCAAAUCAAAUUGAACACAAAGGCAACCCACUGUCAAACUCUGGGUGCCCCCUUGCUUUUUGGUUGGGUCCUGGGAAGAAGAAUGAUGCUGGUUGCCAACCAGUGGUUGGGUGCCCUACUUGGGGCGCUAGUUUUUCGGUUCAUGUCAGGAUGUCUUUCAUGUCUGCUGCCAUUCAUGUCACACCACAAGGGUGUGAGGUCAGAUGUCUUGUGAAUCGGUCACUCCCCCAGCAUGAAUUAUACUAUACGUAUGCUGAAGUCUCUGUACAUCUUAGUGGCACAGUGUAGGCUUCUAUGUAGGUCCUUCAUUUAACAGCUAGGCCUAUACUAGUCCAGGACGCCUUCAAGGAAAAUACUGUUGGUCGAGCUAUUGAGGGUGCACUGGGUCCAUGGCAUGCGCUUACCUUUAAACUUUAAGCUUGAAGCUUGACCUCAUGAGCCCUGAACAGCCUGACAUAAGUUCUCCAUAUCUUCACGCCACCUGUGUAAGAGCCU